CAAGAUAUUCUCGAAUUCGGUUGCAGCUGGUUUCCGGCUCCUGACACUCUGCUAUACCAUCGAUUCAAAUUUGAGAAAGAAAAAGCAAGGAAUCAUGGCUUCACUCGAUCAAGUCGCAGCACCGAACGCCUAUGUGCGCGCAACCGAGACCGCAAAAUAUGUUCGAGACCAGCUUCCUGAGAGUCUUAAAAGCCCCAAGGUAGCCAUCGUGUGUGGCUCUGGAUUGGGUGGUCUUGCAGACACCAUCGAGGCUGAGCCCAAGAUUGCCCUGGACUACGCGAACGUCCCCAACUUCCCCCAGAGCACCGUCGUCGGCCACGCAGGCAAGUUCGUCUUUGGCCAGAUCGGACCCCAAAAAACCACAGUAGCCCUGCUAGUAGGCCGCGCCCACUUCUACGAGGGCCACUCCAUGGACGCCGCCACCUUCGCCACGCGCGUGUGCAAGCUUCUCGGCGUCGAGACUAUCAUUGUCACAAAUGCCGCUGGAGGACUGAACCAGAGCUACAGCGUAGGCGACAUCGUGUGCCUCAAUGAUCACCUCAACAUGGCGGGCCUUGUUGGCAUUCACCCCCUGCGCGGGCCUAACAUUGAGGAGUUUGGCACACGCUUCCCCCCUCUGUCGGAUGCAUACGACCUCGACCUCAGGCGGAGAACGCACAAGGCGUGGAUCAAGUUGGGGCUGGACAAGGGGCAGAGGAAGUUGCACGAGGGUGUUUACGCAUUUGUUGCGGGGCCAACCUACGAGACGCGCGCCGAGUGCCGCAUGCUGAACAUGCUAGGAGCCGAUGUGGUUGGCAUGUCGACGGUGCCUGAGAUCAUUGUCGCAAGGCAUGCUGGCAUCCGCGUCCUAGCGUUCAGUCUGGUAACCAACAGCGCUGUGCUGGAGGCUGGGUCCAAGGGCAGCGAUGCGGAGAUUCAGGACAUGAACAGGGCGGAGCUGACGGCGCAUCUGUGCAAGGGCAUGGCGAACCACGCUGAGGUCUUGGAUGCGGGCCGGGAGGCGGCGAAGGAUAUGGUCGCCUUGGUCAAGCAGGUGCUAAGCGAUCUGCAUAAGGAGUAGGUCGAACCGAGUGAUCGACUCAGUCAGCGCUGCAUGUGUUUAUCGCCAUGGCUGGGAUGUGACAUGAGAGCAAAGUAGUGGACAGACAUGCGGCAGGUAGCCAGCAAGGCCUUACACAACGGAUAGACAAAGACGCUUGAGAACCAAGCGAAUGGAACUCAUGCUCAAGGAUUGGUGACCCUGCCCUUGUUGCGCUUCGCUUGUUGUUUCUUGUAGAAGUUCUUGCCUCCGCUUGCCUUCUUCGUAGAGAUGUCGCUGUACUUGCGCUUGAAGCGACCGCUGUUCUCCUCUUGGUUGAUGACCUCCUCAAGAAGGGUCUGCUUGCGUUCCUUGUUGCUCAGACGGCUGCUGAAGAACUC